AUGGCUACCAUGACUAUGACGAUGCCCGCGAAGGCUGCCAAGAAGCCCGCGAAGGAGGUACCGGAGAACGAACGGUACAUGCGGGCGUGCUCCGACAUUGCGAAUGCGCUCAUCCAGGAAUAUGAGUCGCAGAUGGAUCCUUCGAAGUCGAAGAGAGAUGUCAACCUCAACAAGCUGCGAAACAAUGUUGCGAAGAAGCAUCGCUUGAGCAACCUGCCGCCACUGACGGCCAUCAUUGCGGCCGUACCUGAACACUACAAAAAAUAUAUCCUGCCCAAACUGAUUGCGAAGCCCAUCCGAACCUCGUCCGGUAUCGCCGUAGUCGCGGUCAUGUGCAAGCCUCAUCGAUGUCCCCAUAUCGCCUAUACCGGCAACAUUUGCGUUUACUGUCCCGGUGGCCCAGAUUCCGACUUUGAAUAUUCGACCCAGUCAUACACUGGCUAUGAGCCAACGUCGAUGCGAGCCAUCCGCGCUCGCUACGAUCCGUUCGAGCAGGCCAGAGGUCGUGUGGACCAGAUCAAGGCUCUUGGCCACAGCGUCGACAAGGUUGAGUACAUUAUCAUGGGCGGCACGUUCAUGUCGUUGCCAGAGGACUAUCGGGAGAGUUUCAUCUCUCAGCUUCAUAAUGCGCUGAGUGGGUACCAAACGGACAAUGUUGACGAGGCAGUGCAAGCUGGAGAAAUGAGCAACGUCAAGUGCGUGGGAAUCACGAUCGAAACGCGGCCGGAUUACUGCUUGGAUACCCACCUCAGCAGCAUGCUCCGUUACGGAUGUACCCGACUGGAGGUGGGUGUGCAAAGUCUGUACGAAGAUGUUGCGCGAGACACAAACCGUGGCCACACAGUUGCGGCCGUGGCCGAGACAUUCAAGCUCUCGAAGGAUGCCGGGUUCAAAGUUGUGAGCCACAUGAUGCCCGACCUGCCGAACGUCGGUAUGGAACGCGACCUGUUCCAGUUUCAGGAGUACUUUGAAAACCCCGACUUCCGCACAGACGGUCUGAAGAUUUAUCCGACGUUGGUCAUCCGAGGUACCGGCCUCUACGAGCUGUGGCGGACAGGCCGCUACAAGAACUACACCCCCAAUGCACUGAUCGACCUCGUCGCCCGCAUUCUGGCCCUUGUGCCGCCGUGGACUCGGAUCUACCGUGUGCAGCGCGAUAUCCCCAUGCCGCUGGUGACGUCGGGAGUGGAGAACGGCAACCUUCGAGAACUAGCGCUAGCCCGGAUGAAGGACUUUGGCACGACCUGCCGUGAUGUCCGCACGCGCGAGGUCGGCAUCAACGAAGUCAAGAACAAGAUCCGCCCGUCGCAGAUCGAAUUAGUCCGCCGCGACUACACCGCCAACGGCGGCUGGGAAACAUUCCUGGCCUACGAGGAUCCGAAGCAGGAUAUUCUGAUUGGGUUGCUUCGUCUGCGCAAGUGCAGUGCCACCCACACGUUCCGUCCCGAGUUCAAGGGCCAGCAGACCAGUAUUGUUCGCGAGCUGCAUGUCUAUGGCUCUGCCGUGCCGCUCCACGGUCGUGAUUCACGCAAGUUCCAGCACCGUGGAUUCGGCACACUGUUGAUGGAGGAGGCCGAGCGCAUUGCGCGCGAGGAGCACGGAAGCCACAAGAUUAGUGUUAUCUCGGGAGUGGGCGUGCGGAGCUACUACGGUCGUCUUGGAUAUACCUUGGAUGGGCCGUACAUGUCCAAGAUGCUGGACCCGUGGGGGGAUGAAGAGUAA